ACAAUGCAAGUGACUCAGGCAUAUUAUCGGGUCAUCUAGGAAAAGGUGUGUCCAGUGUCGACCUUAAAAUUAAAUGUUAUUUUACGGGCAAAAUGAGUUUAUUUAGGAAUGGCAGAGGAAUUGCGAUUCAGGACAUUCAAACUAUGACAAACCACAGUCAAGUCCAGAGAACAAGGAAGAGGAAUGUUACUUUACAGAGAAAAAGGAGGAAGCUGGAAGGGGCUGCUUUGACUGAAAGUCCCUUGGAGAAAACCAAGAGCAAUCCCUGAUGGGGCGGAAAUGCUCUUCUGUGAGUCAAGAAGCCAAGACCCGAUGUCCUCGAGCUGCCUGAAGCCCAGCCUUUAGCAGGUCCCGGGUGUGUUUUAUAAUUGAAGCACAUGGCGGCUGAGACUGGCUUUGUGUAGAUUGAUCCACAGACACCUGUGGGUAGCGGCCGCCACGCUUGGUGGAGCAUCUCUAAACACACCCUUGGCGCCUGAAUCUGGAGGGCCUCUCUGUGUCCCCAAGAACCUAAGGUGGACCUCCCAUACAUGUGACUACCUGGGUAAAAAGCUUAAAACAGCCCGUCUGAGCCCCACAGAGGACUGGGGUUAGCUGGCCAUGCUCACAGGUCAUCACAAGCCUGGGGUAUCAGUGGGAGCCCAUUGUUCCCAGGAGGAUUGAUGGUCACCAUCCAUCAUUAGCAUCUGAAAGUCCUUGCAAGGGCAGAAUCACAGAGCCCAGGGAGAAAGCAGCCCAGGCAUGCUCAUCGCCAAGGGAAGCUCUCCAAGGAGGAUGAGGGGACAGAGCGAGGCAGGCCAGCACGUGCAAACAGAGGAACGGAAACAACCCAACUCGACAGACAGUCCUGGAGCCUGAAAUCAAGGUGUCGGCAAGAUUGCUUUCUCCUGAGGCUUCUCUCCUUGGCUUGCAGACAGCCAGCUGUCUUCUACCUGUGUCUUCGUGUGGUCUACCCUCUGUGCCCGCACACGGAGAAAGAUAGUGGAACUCAUCCUGCUUUCAUAUUCACUGAUAUUCGGACACAAUGACGCUGCUGCAUGAUAACCUCUAUGAGCAUGUUUUCUUCUCUGGGAACAAGGAAGUAUAUGGUCGAUUCUUUUCCAUUAUGGUUUAUUACAGGAUAUAAAAUAUAGUUUCCUGUGCUAUACGGGAAUUUCCCCUAUCUCUCCCCUUUGAUUGAGGUCCCAGUGGGAAAGUGCAUAGGUGAUAAAUGUCUGCCUGUUCUAAAGAGAAGCUUCAGACAUGCAGAGGUCCAGAGUGGCACAAUUACCCCAUCACCCGUCUUGAGGACCCCAUCCAGGAGGCCACAUGACAUGUGAGCUCCUGAGGCUCGCCUUGGCUCCGACGGUCUCUCAGCCUUUCCUUGUUUUGGUUGAACCUAACCGUGUUCGAGAGGACGGCUCAGUGGGAGAAGCCUUUUAACCCACAUGGAGGCGUCCUUUACAGGGUGAUAUAACAGUAUGAGCGGCCUUCUACUGGAUGUCGCUGUUCAGCCGAGCUCCGUUGGGCCGCCUGUGCGAGCAGUGCGGUACCUGCGCGGGGGGCCGCAGCUGCCCCGCGCCGACUUCCAGCUCCGCCCGGUGCCCAGCGGUUUCGCGCCCCAAGAACAAGAAUACCAGCAGGCCCUGCUGCUGGUGGUGGCCUUGGCAGGCCUGGGCUUGGGCCUGAGCCUCAUUUUCAUUGCUGUCUACCUCAUCCGCUUCUGCUGCUGCCGGCCCCCAGAGCCGCCCGGGGCCAAGAGCCCUCCGCCGGGGGGAGGCUGUGUCACUUGGAGCUGCAUUGCUGCCCUUCUCGUCGGCUGCACUGGCAUUGGCAUCGGUUUCUAUGGCAACAGCGAGACCAGUGAUGGGGUGUCCCAGCUCAGCUCUGCACUGCUGCAUGCCAACCACACACUCACUGCCAUUGACCACCUGGCCCACCCCUGUGCGCAGGUGUUGGAGAUGGUGGAGAGGUUGGAUGAGGCCGUGAGGACAGAGCUGACCACUCUGGAGGAGGUGCUGACGCAGCGCACGGAGCUGGUGGCGGCCACCCGGGGGGCUCGGCGGCAGGCGGAAGCUGUGGCCCAGCAGCUCCAGGGGCUGGCCUUCUGGCAGGGAGUGCCCCUGAGCCCCGUGCAAGUAGCUGAAGAUGUGUCCUUUGUGGAGGAGUACAGGUGGCUGGCCUACGUUCUCCUGCUGCUCCUGGAGCUGCUGGUCUGCCUCUUCACCCUCCUGGGCCUGGCGAAGCAGAGCAAGUGGCUCGUGAUUGUGAUGACGGUGAUGAGUCUCCUGGUUCUCGUCCUGAGCUGGGGCUCCAUGGGCCUGGAGGCAGCUACGGCCGUGGGCCUCAGCGACUUCUGCUCCAGCCCGGACACCUACAUCCUGAACCUGACCCGGGAGGAGACUGGCCUUGGCUCAGACAUCCUGAACUAUUAUUUCCUCUGCAACCAGGCCGUCUCCAACCCCUUUCAACAGAGGCUGACUCUGUCCCAGCGAGCUCUGGCCAACAUCCACUCCCAGCUGCAGGGGCUGGAGCGAGAAGCUGUCCCCCAGUUCCCUUCUGCUCAGAAGCCUCUGCUGUCCUUGGAGGAGACGCUGAAUGUGACAGAAGGAAACUUCCACCAGUUGGUGGCACUGCUGCACUGUCGUGGCCUGCACAAGGAUUAUGGCGCAGCCCUGCGGGGCCUGUGUGAGGACGCCCUAGAAGGCCUGCUCUACCUGCUGCUCUUCUCCCUCCUGUCUGCGGGGGCCCUGGCCACCGCCCUCUGCAGCCUGCCCCGCGCCUGGGCCCUCUUCCCACCCAGUGACGACUAUGAUGACACAGAUGAUGACGACCCUUUCAACCCUCAGGAAUCCAAGCGCUUCGUGCAGUGGCAGUCAUCUAUCUGAGCCCUUCCUCCAUGCCAGACUGGAGCCUGUUCCCCAUCUCCGUUCCUUCCCCAGCUGCCGGAGAAGACCCCACUAACCCAGCCUCACUGGGCUCCUACCACUAACAAUGCCCUGGCUACGGACACCUUAAACAGGACUGCCUUCCCGCCUGCCCUGCCCCCUCUAUGUGUCCUUAGCCCUGGAAGUAAGCCGAGGGGGUAGGCCAGGGCCCUGAGCUGGCCGGGGAGCGGGCAGACAGCCAGACCCACAGCCUCUCAGCCCUGAAGGGAUGUGAGUGCCCCCGCCCUACCACACCCCAGUGGGCUUAGGGCCCCUGAUCUCCACUUGCGGCACCAACUUGGGAAAGGGUUGAUUUGAAAUAAAAGGGACGACUUUAUUUUACAA